UUAAUAAAAAUUCUGACUCAACCCCUUAUCUUACAUGAUCAAUACUUCGUAUCUGAGUCAGGUGUCGUAAAGUUGUAGGUAAAUUAUGUAGAGAUCCUUCAAAAUACUUUAAAAAGUAAGUAACAACAAAAAAUGAUAUACACGUAUCAGCUACUUGCUCAAACACACUCAACAUGUACCCCUAAAGGAAUCGGUGCGACACAACGUGGCACUAAAUAGUACUCCACUCAGCAAGUAGGCAGAAUAGCAAUGCCAACUCCCACAGGAAGGUGAGGUGAGCCAUCAAUUCAUGUGAAUUUGACAUGCUCCUCUUUAUUCAUAGAUUAAGUGCACAACAAUCACAAUCUAUCUUCUUAUCUGCUUCCCCUAUUAUAGCAUCACCCAACCAACCACUUUACACUCCCAUGUUCUUUUCUUCUAUAUCAGAAUCCAUUUAGCGGAUGGCUGGAUUUGUAAACAUAUUCAUCGCAUAUACAGUGGAUAAAACUAUUAAAAUUGUUCUCAGAAUUUGAAGGUGCAAUACACAUGGCUUUCUAUGGCUACAAUGGUGAUGCUGGUGAGUACCAUUGGACUCCUAAUUUCAGUGUCCCUUAUAAUGAUAAUGGUUAUGCUUUUCCAGUUCAGUCUUCAAUAUCAUAUUCUUCCUAUGGGCAGAGUACUAAUUACAAUUACUACUAUACUACUCAAAUACAUCCAGAAUUAAGUUAUUCAGUUCAUAACUCUACUGAGCCAAAACUUAUCCAAUAUGAAAAGGGUACUAAUUCAUUGGAGGCAAGCAACAUAAUUUCUUGUUCUAACAAAGAACAGGAUGACACUGUGUUUGAUGAAUAUGAUCCCACACCUUAUGGUGGUGGCUACGACAUGGCUCAAACAUAUGGAAAACCCCUUCUUCCCUCCAAUGAAAUAUGUUAUCCUCGUUCGAUUCCUGAGUCUAAAGGACUCCCCUUAGAUGCUAAUUUUGACUAUGGGACAAAUCGUUCGCCCUAUGUUAAGCACGACGAUCAGCUAGAAGAUCCUCAGCAUCAAAGCAAAGAUGAGCAAAAAUCUUUGUCUGGUGUGAAGGAAAAACCCAUUCUUGAAAAACCAAUAGAAACUCCCCAGCAAGAUCAAGAUUUUGUAAUUGGAAAUGGAACUAUAGGGGGACAACCCAUUCUUGAAAAACCAGCAGAACCUGCUCAUCAAGAUGAAGACUUUGUAGUUGGAACUGGAACUAUAGGAGAUGAUAUUCUUGAAAAACCAAUAGAACCUGCUCAGCAAGAUCAAGGUUUUGUAGUUGGAAAUGGGACAAUAGGGGAAUAUGGAUAUGAUUAUGGGAGGCACUUGCAACAAAUUCCAUAUGGUUCAGGUUUGGAAGCUAUGGAUAUAUGUGAGAGCUUAUUUGGUUACUGGCCCUGCUUAGCUAAGGAAAACCGGAGAAGAAAUUUGGACCAUGUAAAUAAUGGUGCUGAAGAUAGCAACAGUAAUGAACAAUGGAAAUGUACAGCAGAUUAUCUUUUUGGGAAUCCAUAUGGAUAUGGUGGUGAUGGAAGAUAUGGGGAUUCUGUGUAUAGCAAUCAAAGUUACAACUAUGAUCAGCAACAACCUUAUUUUAUGAAGGAUUGGUAAAGAAAUACCUUAUCCAAUCAUUCGUUCAAGAAUAAUUGGAGUAGAAGGCCGUACUUCAUUUACUACAAUUUAGUGAUAGUUCUUUUGAUUCUGUGUUGUUUGAGACCUGAAGUUAAUGAAACUCUAGAGCAGGUUGCUCAGACGGCAAACACCCUUCACCUCGUGGAAGAUGGGGAUGGCUAAGAAAUUUUAAAAAAAGAACACUCAAGGACCAGUCAUAACAACUACUCCAUUCAAUAUAUCCAAGAAAUUUCCUUUCUCUCUCCUCCAAACAAUAAGAUGAUUUUUAAAACUUUUUCAUGUAUGAAUCUUGUUAUAGUUAGGCUAUGUAGCUUUUUCCUUUUUGUUUGGGUCAUUAUCAUUAUUGUCAAUGUUAUUGUUCUAUUCUUCUACGUAAUUACAUUUUUGAUCCUUCAA